UUGACUAGUAGGGAUAUGAGUGGUAGCGAUAUAUGGCUAGGGAGGGCGAAAGAUUUACUUACCCUUGUAUGCAUUUUCAGAAAGUACAUUGUCAUUGGCACUUAUGACAGAACAAGCAGCUGUUGGAGGGUUUCCCACACUUUGGACAACUUUGUUUUAGGUCCGGAUGGCAAUAUUAUCGGCUUUCCAGUCUGGAUCGACAGCAAGCAAGUGUCUUUUCUGGUACGACGUCCCCCAACACAGCAUCAUGAUCUAUACGAGUAUGAUACCAACAUCAAUGUGUACAAAAAUGUUGCAGUUCUGGACACAGUUGAUUAUCCCAUGUAUUGCUUCCACCCAACAUUAGCUUGUGUCCAUAAGACAUCCUCCAAUUAUGUAACGACUGCUCAGCAGGCGUAUAUUGCUGAAAAGUUGGAUAACAUCAGAAGAUUUAUCAUCGAAGAUACAUCAGAAGAAGAAGCAGCAGCAGCAGGAGAAGGAGGAGGUUAAGAAGAAGAAACAUUGUAAUAGACUUGGCUUUCUGCCCUUCACUAUCUUCAAUCAUGAUUACUUUAUUUUCAAACAUGACAUAAUUUGUUCUUUCUGGGAAAUUGAGGGCAUAGUUGAAUAUUGUAAUAGACAUAAUAG